ACCUUCGCCCAGGCGGCGCCGCCAGCUUGCGCGGCUCUUCGCUGAUGGAUGCUGAGCGUCGUUUCGUCGCCAGUGCCGAUCCGGCCUGCUCCUUCGCCUCGCUCCCCUCAUUCCCAUCCCGCUCGAAACUAUGCGAAGAAAGUCGAGAAUCCUCCUAUGCUUCGCCCUUCUCUGGGUGCUGGGGAUCGCCUAUUACAUUUAUCUGGGCAACGGGACGAGCAGGAAGGAUGAGUGGAAUGCUUUGGAUCCAAAUAAAAAGAAGGAUGGUCAGAGCAGCAAUGCAGAAGGAAAAACAAAGAACGCGGAAACAUUACCACCUGAUGGAGUUAGACAUGUCAAGAAGGAAAAGGGAAGAGAUAGAGAACAAAAGCUAGUAAUUACUAACAUCUUUGAACAGCCACAUAAAGGGAAAGUGAAAUGGCAAGACUUCAAUCAGGAGGCUUAUAUCGAGGCCACUUUAGUAAAAGUGGGACAGGAUGCAUAUGCACGGAAUAAGUUUAAUCAGCUAGAAAGUGACAAGCUGAGGAUGGAUAGAAAUAUUCCCGACACCAGGCACGAUCAGUGUCGGCGGCAGCAGUGGAGAACUGACUUGAUAGCAACCAGUGUAAUCAUUACCUUUCACAAUGAAGCAAGAUCAGCGUUGCUGCGUACUGUUAUCAGUGUGCUUAGAAAAAGUUCACCGUAUCUUAUCAAAGAAAUCAUUUUGGUCGAUGAUUACAGUGACAACCCUGAAGACGGCACACUGUUGUCAAAGAUUGAGAAAGUACGAAUUCUUCGAAAUAACAGACGUGAAGGGCUAAUGCGCUCACGUGUUCGUGGAGCUGAUGCCGCACAAGCAGCCAUUCUAACAUUUCUCGACAGCCACUGUGAGUGCAAUGAACACUGGCUGGAGCCGCUCCUGGAGAGGGUAGUUGAGGAUAAAACCAGAGUGGUUUCUCCAAUAAUUGAUGUUAUCAACAUGGACAACUUUCAGUAUGUAGGAGCAUCUGCUGAUCUGAAAGGAGGAUUUGACUGGAAUCUGGUCUUCAAAUGGGAUUAUAUGACUCCGGAGCAAAGACGAGCUCGUCAGGGCAAUCCAAUCGGCCCCAUUAGGACGCCGAUGAUCGCUGGAGGUCUCUUUGUGAUGGAUAAAGCUUACUUUGCGGAGCUUGGAAAAUACGACAUGAUGAUGGAUGUCUGGGGCGGAGAAAACUUGGAGAUUUCCUUUCGGGUAUGGCAAUGCGGGGGAAUUCUUGAAAUCAUUCCCUGUAGUCGUGUUGGCCAUGUAUUCCGCAAGCAGCAUCCUUACACUUUUCCGGGAGGCAGCGGUACUGUUUUCGCAAGGAACACACGCAGGGCAGCUGAGGUCUGGAUGGAUGAAUUCAAGAAUUUCUAUUAUGCAGCAGUGCCUUCAGCUCGCAAUGUGCCAUUUGGCAAUAUUCAAAGCAGAUUGGAAUUGAAGAAAAAAUUGGCAUGUAAACCAUUCAAGUGGUACCUGGAAAAUGUCUAUCCUGAACUAAGGGUCCCUGAUCACCAAGAUAUUGCUUUCGGAGCUUUGCAGCAGGGUUCCAAUUGCCUAGAUACACUGGGUCACUUUGCAGAUGGUGUUGUUGGCGUCUAUGAAUGUCACAAUGCAGGAGGAAAUCAGGAGUGGGCACUAACGAAGGACAAGUCGGUGAAACACAUGGAUUUGUGCCUUACUGUGGUGGUACGGUCUGCUGGCUCUCUCAUAAAGCUGCAGGGCUGUCGAGACAAUGACAGUCGCCAGAAGUGGGAACAAAUUGAGAGCAACUCGAAACUAAGGCAUGUUGGCAGCAAUUUGUGUCUAGACAGUCGGAAUACCAAAACUGGAGGACUCACUGUCGAAGUCUGUAAUCCAUCACUUUCACAACAAUGGAAAUUCUCACUUAAUUUACAGCAGUAACACAUCUGCAUUUUGGAAUUUUCAAUGUGGACAAUAUUUAAAUUGGUAAAUCAAGUUUGCAUUCAACCAUAUACCUCGAUUUUUGAAAAAGUUUCAUAUUCCAUCUUAUCUUGAAUUGCUGUAUUGAGUUUUCAAACUCAUGGGUUACUGUUUCUAUAUUUCUUUUUCAUUUAACCAAGAUCCUGCACCCUUUCUUUUGAAUUACAGUAGGACGGUACAUAGAAUUCCACCCCCUCAAGAACCAUUUCAGUCUUUCUGAUGAGGAAGUUUCCAAAAUAAGGAUUUCUGUUUUAUAGGAAACGCCCUGCACUAAUAACAAAGGUUGCUUAUGAGCACAUCCAAUAUCCAUGUAUUUAAAUGUGUCCCGAUGCUUCACAAUUCACACAUUGUUCAGUAUUCUUGCUUUUUUGUAUUAACCUGUCAUUCAGAUGCAAAGCUUGUGUGUUUAUUUCCUGAUGUUUGUUCUUGAUGCGAAUGUGCAGACUCCAGAUCUCAACGUGGAAUGGUUUUGAUAAGCCAAUGAGUGUUGUUCAAGCCAAACCAGGCAAAUGUAGGGAAAUGGUACAGUAUCGAAUAAAAGCCGGAACCUGUUGCUGUGCAUGAAUUUUGGUAUGUCUUUAUUCUGUUUAACUGAACCUCAGCACUUUUCUUAGUUCUUUGUGUGCGAGGGGUUAGGAUGGAUGGGAGUUGUAACCUAUGAUUGUGUGGCACAAACAUGGCUCGGUGUUAUUUAAUGGAUCAAAACCUGUUGAUAAUUCAAACUUAUUUUGUAUUUAUUUAAGUAGCUAUGUUACAUGAUUGUUACAUUACCAAAAUCAUUCCUUCUGUUUAUGAUUCUAGCCUGCACUUGCUGUGAAACCAUCCAAGAAUUCACUCAUUAGCUUUUGCUGCAGUGACUUUUUCAAAGCGGUAUUUGAUUGGGGCCUUGCUUAAUCCAAGUUAGGCAAUCAUAAUAUAUCUUUAGCGGCGACGGUACCUUUUUUGUUUUGUUCAAAGACAUAAGAUGAAUUUAUAAAAUAGUGGCUGUGAAUUGAAAACAAUAGCCAUUGUGGAGAAAACAGUUUGUAUGCCUCUCAAGCUCACCUCUGCUAAUAAGUUCUCCUUAAAAUCAAUUUUCUGUAAAGUCUUAAUUCAUUUAUAUUUAUUUAAUUUACCAAAUUGAUGGCUGUCUUGUCAGGUUACACUGUUCACUUAAUGACUACAAUGCAAUAAAGGUGUCUGGCACAACCAGGAGUACAAAAGGAUGAUUCUCUCCAUGUCUUUGUGUCUUUCUCUCUCUCCCCCAGUCUUUGUUUAUGUGAAAGGGCAGACAGUGAUUUUAUUACCAACUUUUAAGAGCAGAAACUGUAGUUGGAAGAGGUUAUACUGCUGCUGAACAUGAUAUUAAUUUUCAAAGAAAUGUUUACAUGCCAGUGUGCCAAAGUUCAUUCUGUAGAAGAGCUGCAUCCUUUCCAUUCAUAAGUCUUGAAAUGUUAAAUAUUUUUUCUUCUGCCUGUACUAGAAAAGAUCCCGUGAAGUCUUUGCAAGUCGCAAAGUGAGAAUGGGAUUGGUGGAACAAUUCCACCAGUGUUCAAAUCUUCAAGGAACAAUAUUGGACUUACUUUUGUUUUGAAGUAACUUGUGACUGUGUUAAGUUUUUUUCCCCCGCUCCCAAAUGUAAAAUUUAUUUUAAUUUCCAAUUCUUGAGUGAUUUUGUAUAGAGUAAUGUUAAUCUUGUGCACAACAAUGUCACUGUGGAGUAUUGAAAAGAUGACAAGUCUUGUUGGUUUAUAGAUUAACUUCCCCACAUCUCUUCUCACUGGAAAGCAUGAUCUUGCUCAUAGUUUUUAUAGAUGUGAUGGAAAGCAUCCUUGAAAAUGAAUUAACUUUAAUAAACUUUAUACCUUUAAAUUCCAA